UCAUCAAGUUCUCCAUUUCCAUCUGUGCCAGAUUAAAACUGUAUCCCCGGAUGCUGAGGAAUGUGUCUGUCCUCGAUCUGUCGACUUCCGUCUUGGGACAGAGAGUCAGCAUGCCAAUAUGCGUUGCGGCAACGGCCAUGCAGUGCAUGGCUCAUGCAGAUGGGGAAAUUGCUACAGCCAGAGCUUGCAGAUCAAUGGGGACUGGAAUGAUGCUGAGCUCAUGGGCCACAUCAUCCAUUGAAGAAGUUGCCGUGGCAGCUCCAGAAGGCACUCGAUGGCUCCAGCUCUAUAUUUAUAAGGAUCGUGAGGUCACCAAGUCCUUGGUGCAGCGUGCAGAGAAAGCAGGAUAUAAAGGCAUCUUUGUGACCGUGGACACACCCUUUCUUGGGAAGCGCUUUGAUGACAUCCGCAACAGGUUUCAGCUUCCUCCGCAUCUCAGGAUGAAAAAUUUCGAAACAAACGAUCUGGCCUUUUCGUCUGAGAAAGGAUACGGUGAAGACAGUGGCCUGUCUGUUUAUGUGGCAGAAGCCAUUGAUCCAUCAAUCAACUGGGAGGAUCUGGACUGGCUCAGAGGACUGACAUCCCUGCCUAUUGUUGCUAAAGGCAUUCUCAGAGGUGAUGAUGCGAAAGAAGCAGUGAAGCGUGGUGUAAAUGGAAUCCUGGUGUCAAAUCAUGGUGCACGCCAGUUGGAUGGGGUUCCAGCCACUAUUGAGGUCCUGCCGGAAAUAAUAGAAGCUGUGGAAGGCAAAGUUGAGGUGUUCCUGGAUGGUGGAGUCAGAAAAGGCACCGAUGUUCUCAAGGCUCUUGCCUUCGGAGCCAGAGCCGUUUUUAUUGGGAGGCCUGUAAUCUGGGGACUUGCCUAUCAGGGUGAAGAAGGUGUGAAAGAAGUUCUCCAGAUAUUGAAGGAAGAGUUCCGGUUAGCAAUGGCACUCUCUGGUUGUCAGAAUGUGAAUGCAAUAGACAGGACAUUGGUCCGGAGAAAUCAGUGGUUUGCCUCCAAGAUGUAACUGACUUUUUUUUACCUUGGAUGAAACUGUAAUCUUGGAUGUGUAAAUUAUUUUUCCUUCUCUCACCAAGAAAUGGGAAUUGCAAAGUGAAAUUAAAUUUUCAGUGCACAUUUCAGCUGGA